CGAGGAGGAGCAGGCGUCGGCCGAACCACCGACGGGGAACGUGUCGAUUGGUCCUCCGACUGACGACGUGGAGACCGGCCGUACAACCGGAACCACGAUGCUAGCAAGCCUGAUGCUAGCCACCUGGGGCGCCGGCCGGAUGGCACACCGGGAGGCUGGCUGGGAGUCCGGGGCAUUCAGAAAGUCUUCCAGCCAGCCGGAUAAAAAGCCCUUUAACCAGGGCUUCAGUGUUGGAGCUUCACCUCUCAGACCAGAGAAGAUGAGUGAUCUGGAGGAAGACGAGGACAGAGCAGAGUCUCCAGUGCUCAGCUGUGUGUCUAUUGAGAGUGACCGGUCCAAAGGCCAUCCUCCAAACUUCAGUACUGAACCUGGACCUCACACUCUGAGUAAGAGACUGUUUCUACUGUGAACUGAUCUGAAGAUGAUUCUGUUUUCUCAUGUUUACCUUCAAUACAAAACUAAGUUGUUUUUUUGUUUUUUGUUUUUUUACCAUGACACUGGUUAUUGUGUUGUUUGAGCAUUGAAAGCCUCAGAGCUGCUGGGUGAAGGUGAACACAACCAAGGGUGUGGUGGAGAUUCUCGUCCAAUAGAAAUCAGGUUUGGCGUAAUUACAUUUUGCUGCUUAGCUCAUAGCUUCACUACUGCAACUAAAUAAAAUUAAAUCAUACAGCAACACGUGUCCUCACUUGACUUUGUGUAAGGUUCAGUAAAUCAACCUCCAACAUGUAGAUGUAGAAAAUCUUUCAGAGUGAAAGUUCAGA